AUGUUCAGAAUUAGAUUGCAAAGAGGUUGCCUCUUGCGCACAAAUCAAACAAUAGUACGGAGGCAGUUGCGCCCUUUCACGACCAACAUCAGAACUGUGAAUGCGCAACGCGUGGUCGGCCGCCUAGGUUUUGUGGCCGGGAUCGCGAUUUUUAGUGCUGGACUAUAUACUUUCGAGAAGAGGAAAUUUGCGUCUGUGAUAAAAAACGACGUUCGUCAGGAUUCGAAAAAGCCAGGCAUCCUUCCUAGUGAAGUUGCUCGGCAUGAUAAGGACAACGAUUGUUGGGUUGUCAUCAACGGGUUUGUGUAUGAUCUUACCGAGUUUAUCGGUGCUCACCCGGGUGGUCCUGCCAUUAUACAAGCAAAUGCGGGGAAGGAUGUGAGUGCUAUCUUUUCUGCGUUCCAUGCUCCUGACGUCAUCGAAAAAUAUCUUCCCGAGGAAAAAUGCUUGGGGCCACUUGAUGGUCACAUGCAACCAAAUCUUGUGAGCCCUGCUCUAGCUCCUGGCGAGACACCGGAGGACAUUGAGAGGAAGGAGGAGCUACGCCAAGCACUUCCUGAACUAGACUCUUUGAUUAAUUUAUAUGAUUUUGAAUACUUGGCAUCUCAAAUUUUGACGAAGCAAGCCUGGACUUAUUAUUCCUCUGGGUCCGAAGACGAAUUUGCCCACAGGGAAAACCACGCUGCAUAUCAUCGCAUCUUCUUCAAACCACGGGUUUUGGUGAAUGUUGGAGAGAUUGAUACGUCUACGGUGAUGCUGGGGCACGAUGUCUCGGUGCCAUUUUACGUCAGUGCCACUGCCUUAGUAAAGCUGGGAAAUCCUGAGGAAGGUGAGAAAGACAUUGCGCGCGGGUGCGGGCAAGGUGAAUUUAAAUGUCCUCAGAUGAUUUCUAAUUUCGCCUCUUGCACGUUAAAAGAGACAGUGGAAGCCGCACCCUCGAAGGACCAGCUUCAGUGGCUUCAAGUAUACGUCAACACCAACAAAAGCAUUACCGAGAACUUGCUUAAGGAAGCUGAAAAAUUGGGCUUGAAGGCUAUAUUUAUUACUGUGGAUGCUCCAUGUUUGGGGCGCCGCGAAAAGGACAUAAAACUUAAGUUUACGUCGGAUAAUAAUCCUCAGAGCAUCAAAAAGACUAAAUUGGAGUCUUCAAUUGGCGCUUCUCGCGCUCUUUCAAGCUUCCAAGAUGCAGCGCUAACUUGGGAUGAUGUCGUGGAGUUGAAAAGUAAAACGAACCUCCCCAUUGUAAUCAAAGGUGUACAAUGUGUUGAGGAUGUGCUGAAGGCUGUGGAGAUUGGAGCUAGUGGUGUCGUUUUGUCAAAUCAUGGCGGCCGGCAACUAGAUUUCUCUCGUGCUCCCAUUGAGGUCUUGGCGGAAACCAUGCCAAUAUUAAAAGAGCGCCACCUGGAUGAUAAACUAGAGAUUUUUAUCGAUGGUGGCGUACGCCGUGGAACUGACAUUUUGAAAGCACUUUGCCUGGGCGCGAAAGGUGUAGGCCUCGGAAGGCCCUUCCUUUAUGCAAACAGUUGCUACGGCAGAGACGGUGUUGAAAAGGCUAUUGAUAUGUUAACUGAAGAAAUUCAAUAUUCAAUGAGAUUGCUAGGUGUCAAGUCCAUAAAUGAAUUAAGACCCGAGCUGUUAGACUUGUCCGGCAUAAAGAACAGGUCCGUCGACUUCCCUCAAGACAGCUUGUAUAAAUCUGUUUACGAAAAGCCGGAACAUGCUCAGUUUGUUGAACGUGAUUAA